ACUGUCAGCUCAUUCUUAAAAAUUUGCAACAUCGUGUUCUGCAAACACAAUUUGUUCUACUCAACCCUUAUGAAUCAUCAAUGUCCUCUCAAGACCAAGUAUUAGUUUCCUUUCUCUCUCACAUAGCCCUAUCCUUCGACGGCGCCGUUUUAGGUUUAUCCCUAGCCUACGUCGCCGUCCGCACCAUUCAAAAAUUCACCCUCACCUCCGCCGCUCUCCGGAAGAUCACCCACGCUCCUUCCGUCUCCGUCUCCGACCUACGCUCGCUCCUCGAAGACAACGUCUCGGAGGAUGACGGAGGCUCCGGCGAUGGGAGAAUUGUGAUUGUCCGUGGUACUGUUGAUGCUAAGUCCGCUGUGGAUGGGAGUUGGAAAGCGUUGUGGCCUGGUGUUUUGAUUUCUCGGGAGUCUGGUGAUAAAGGGGUUGUUCUUCAAAGAACUCAAACGUGUAUAUACAGCGAAUGGAAAGGCUUAUUUGGAUGGACUUCUGAUCUUCGAGCCGUAUUUAUAAAAUCUCGGAGACAACGAGAGUCCACAUCCUUAAGAAAGGUCCCUUUUGUUCUCAUUGAUGUUGGACGACAGUCAAAUACCGAGUAUGUUGUUGUCAACAUGGAUGGAUCAACACAUCCCUUACCUCUUACAACAGUUUAUCACAAAUUGCAACCUAUAAAUCCUCCUUAUACUCUCUUGCAAGCAUUUUUCGGGCAUGAAUAUAUGGUUGGACUGCUUGAUGAAGAGAAAAUUCUUCCCUUGGGGAAGGAUAUCAAUGCUGUAGGCCUUUGCAGUUUAAGAAAUGGAAUUGCUGAAAUCAAGUCUUGUGAAGAUCUUCCGUAUUUUCUGUCUGACUUGAGUAAAAAUCAGAUGGUUGUAGAUCUUUCCUUCAAAACAAGACUACUGUUUUGGAGUGGCAUUGUUCUUGGUUCAAUGUCAGUUGGGAUCAUUGGCUAUGCAGUUAUGAGGAACUGGAAUAGAUGGAAACAAUGGAAGCAACGAAGGCAGCUCCAACAACAAAGGCAAACAAUCACUGAAGUUGAUUCUCAGCUAGAUGACGACGAUAUUGAAAAUGUUCCAGAUGGACAAUUAUGCGUUAUAUGUCUGAUGAGGAGAAGGCGUUCUGUUUUUAUUCCAUGUGGGCAUCUUGUAUGUUGCCAAGGGUGUGCUAUAUCAGUUGAAAGUGAAGUGGCACCCAAGUGUCCAGUUUGUCGUCAGGAGGUUCGGGAUUCAGUUCGAAUCUUCGAAUCUUGAGUAGACAGGCUGGUUUUUCCAUUCACUCUGGCAGGAGGCUUCCAUGCCUGUUGAUGACGAGUGAUGCAUUAUAUACUUGUAUAGAUCUAUCAUUUUAGUGAAAACAUGCCUUUGCUCGAAUUUGAUAUGAAGACAUGAACUUCUCUAAUUUAUCAGGUUUAUCAGAUUUUUCCGGAAGAGUUUAAACUCCUCCUCGAAAAUGGGUGGCAUAAUUUAGGGAGAAAAGUCGAAUAUCUACUGUUUUUGUUGCAAAAUCAAUGUAAAUGAAAUUUUCCUUAGUUGAUUCUUGUUAA